AUGACAUUUAAUAGAAUUAAAUGGCAUAUCCUUCCAAAAUUAAGUAAAAGGCAAUAUGGGUUUAUGCCCCAGAGAUGUACGGAGGAUGCCCUUUACGAUUUGGUGAGCCAUAUUAGAAAGAAGUUGAAGGAAAAGAAACUCAUUACUAUGGUCUCACUGGACAUUGAAGGGGCCUUCGACUCGGCAUGGUGGCCUGCCAUCAGACUCAGAUUAGCCGAAGAAAAUUGCCCGAUAAAUUUGCGGAAGGUCCUGGAUAGCUAUCUGGAAGACAGAAGAGUCGGAGUUAGAUAUGCUGGUCAAGAAUAUAAAAAGAAAACUGAGAUAGGAUGUGUGCAGGGAUCAAUCGGCGGACCCCUGCUAUGGAAUUUGCUGUUGGACCCCCUGCUGAAGAAAUUGGAGAACGAGGGUGUCUAUUGCCAGGCGUUCGCCGAUGACGUCGUGCUUGUAUUUGAUGGCGAGACAGGGUUGGGCAUAGAGAGGACAGCAAACAGAGUGCUGUCUUCUGUUGAAAAAUGGGGAAAAAACAACAAAUUGAAGUUUGCACCCCACAAGACCAAAGCCAUGCUCAUUACUAAGAAACUAAAAUUUGACGCACCAAAACUUAACAUGGGAGGUACAACAAUACAAAUGAGCGAUGAAAUAAAAAUUUUAGGUUUGAUCAUAGACAAAAAGCUAACAUUCAACAACCAUGUAAAGACAGCAACAAACAAAGCCAUACAGAUCUACAAACAGGUUGCCAGGGCGGCGAGAGUAAGCUGGGGGCUCCACCCCGAUGUAAUCCGUGUGAUUUACACCGCGGUGGUGGAGCCCAUUAUCUUGUAUGCGGCAAGUGCCUGGGCACCGGCUGCAGAGAGGGUAUCGGUUCGCAAGAGUCUUGGCGUAGUACAGAGGGGAUUCGUUCAAAAACUUUGCCGAGCAUACCGUACAGUCUCCCUCAACGCGGGGCUCUUGUUGACAGGACUGCUGCCACUGGACCUUAGGGUAAAAGAAGCAGCAACCCUGUACAUGGCCAGAAAGGGUUACCCCACAGCCAUAAUUGGCGAUUGGGAAAUAGAAAGGAUGGAGCCUGUCACUGUGAUGGAACACCCUGCCGAGAGACUAAUCAUCAAAUAUGAGAACCUGGAAAACGACGAGCAAACUAAGAUUGCAAUAGACAAAUGCAACGUCCAGUUCUACACAGAUGGAAGUAAAAUUGACGGAUUCGUCGGCGCUGCAUAUACUAAAUGGAUAGAGGGAAAAGAACAAAAACACAAAAAGCUGAAGCUGAUGUCCUGCUGCACAGUUUUUCAGGCCGAGCUAUUCGCGAUAAAUAGCGCCACUGAGGAGAUCCUAAGAUGUUCUGAGGACUCUUUUGGAAUCUUCAGUGAUUCGAGAUCUUCGCUAGAUAUACUCAAAAAUGGGAACAGCACACACCCUUUAGUCACAAAAAUCACUAAAAACAUAAACAACAUUAAACUCCAGAAAAAGCAGAUUACUCUACACUGGAUAAAAGCUCACAACGGACUUGAAGGAAAUGAAAGAGCCGAUCAACUGGCAAAAGAAGCAGCGAAAAAGAAAGCAAAGCCUGAAUACGAUAAGUGCCCUAUAGCAUUCGUGAAAAGACGGAUUCGUGAAGAAUCCAUCGACGAAUGGAGCGAAAGAUAUGAGGCAGGCACAACAGCAGGGACUACAAAACUAUUUUUCCCUAAUGCAGCAGCUGCAAAGAAAAUAAUAGACACAAUUAAACCGACAGGUGUUAUGACACAGAUUCUGACUGGACACGGUGGCUUCUCCGAGUACCUGGCCAGGUUCAGGUGCAAGGAGAGCCCAGCGUGUCCUUGUGACGGUGGUACGCCGGAGACGAUCCCACACAUAUUAACGGAGUGCCCAAUAUCCGGGCCUGAGAGAUUCAAUAUAGAACAAUUAAUAGGCGUAACAAUUAAAACAGAAAAUUUCCAGAAGCUAAUAUCCCAAAAAGAAACACAAGAGCAGUUUCUAGAAUACUGUAUAAAAGUUUGUAAAAAAGUAAUAGUAAGAAACAAAUAG